AUGGAUAUGGUGAAUACGAAUAGUAUUCUUUUACCUGAUUUAAUCGGUACUUGUCCAUUCAAACUUGAAUUCAAUCCAGCAUAUGAAUCAGUAUCAGGUGCAACAGAAGCUUGGCUUAACUCAUAUGGUAUUCCCUACGAAGAAUCAGAAAAGAAAUACAUUCUCUGGUCGGGAAUGGUUUUUCUGCAUUGUAGCCAAGUUAGAUUCCGUGAAAUGUGUGAUGUUUACACAAUAUUUUUCUUGGCCGAUGAUAUUAUGGAUAGUGCUCAUAUUUCAGAAGGUGCUGAUCGAUCCAAACAACAAUUAUAUAAGAAUAUGAUCGAAUGUUUGCAGCCAACCGGUUCAUUCAAACCAUUAACACCAUUCGCUGCUGCUCUUCAUGAAUGGUGGCAGCGAAUUCUCGUCAAUAUCACACCUGGCUGUCGAGAACGUUUCCUCACUGCUUAUCGAGCUGCUAAUGAAGCUUCACUUCUUCAAGCUGCCAAUGAAAAGAAUCGUCGAACAGUUCCUGAUUUAGAAACAUACAUUAAGUUUCGUCGAGAUACAAGCUUGGGAUAUGGGGUAUAUUUCACCGUUGAGUACUGUCUUGAACUUGAUUCACUUGACGAAUGCUGGGAAAAUGAUACAUUCAAAUAUCUUGUCGAUAUUGCAAAUGAUAUCGCUUCUUGGACCAAUGAUAUUUAUUCAUUUAACAUUGAGCAAUCGAGAGGCGACUACAAUCUCAUCUCAGUACUAAUGCAUGCUGAUCCAUCGCUGAACAUUCAACAGGCUAUAGAUCGAGCUGGGCAGAUGGUUAUCGAUCGUUACGCUGACUUUCAACGUGUUCGAAGUGAAUUAAUCUCAUGGGGUACUAAAAUUGACACACAAGUGGAAAAAUUUGUCAAUGGCUUGGGUAUCGUCAUCGUUGGAACUGCCGUGUGGAGUUUCGAAACGCCUAGAUAUUUUGGAGCAGAAAGAGAAGAAGUAAAGAGAACGAGACGUGUUACAUUAUUGCCACCGAAAGUAAAUCUGCAACGAAAUCUCACUGAAUCGAUAAGUAAACAAGAGGUAGAAAGAAACUAG